AACUUUACGUCCUCUCUUCUUCUUCUUAACACUUAAGGCAAGUCACCAAAAUCUUACGCCCAAUAGCCAGAAAAAGAAGAGUGGAAAGCUACUUUUGGCUGAACCCAGAAGCCAGAGAUGGAGAGAAAAGUGCUUCUGGUUUGCUGCGCUGUGGGACUCCUGGGGCUGCUAUCUGCGGCUACAGGUUUCGGCGCCGAGGGCACGAGAAUCAAGGGUUCUCAGGUUCAGUUUGUCUCGAAUACUCAAUGCGAAUACCCUCGGAGUCCGGCUCUUGGACUCGGUGUAACUGCUGCAGUGGCUCUUAUGUUAGCUCACAUAAUUAUAAAUGUUUCAACCGGGUGCAUUUGUUGCAAAAGGAGCCCGCAUCCUUCCAACUCUAACUGGACGGUAGCUCUGUUCUGCUUUGUUUUUUCCUGGUUCACAUUUGUUAUAGCGUUUCUUCUGCUGCUCACCGGUGCUGCACUCAAUGACCGACAUGGUGUAGAAAGCAUGUACUUUGGCAACUACUACUGUUACGUUGUGAAACCGGGAGUGUUUGCCGGAGGUGCCCUUUUGUCAUUUGCAUGUGUGGUACUCGGAAUUGUCUACUACGUAAUCUUAAAUUCAGCAAAGAACGGUGAUACAUCAUGGGGCGGUUCUGCGCCAACUCAAGGGACAAUAGCUAUGGGGCAACAACUCCAGAUCCCACCGCAGAGUACUACGACCCAAGAACCAGUAUUUGUCCACGAAGAUACGUAUAUGAGACGGCAAUUCACAUGAUACGGGAGAUGCAUCACUAGAGUUUAUGGGAUGAGCCUAUGAUCAGUCUCUGAAGAUCUAAUGGUUGGAAUUCCAGGAAAUGGGUUGUUUUCUAUAUAAUCCCUGUGUUCGUUUUGUCAGUAGAUUUCUUAUGGUUGUAUUUAAUUUUGCGCAUACCGUACUGUCCAAGAAACCCAAUGCGCAUGGAUUGAAUGCCGAUUGAAUGCCAGAUGGAUGGAUUAUUUAAAAUUUACGAAUUUUACAUGGGUUUUUUAUUGGCCGACAUUUCAUAUUGGUCCUCUUUUAACGUAUCUAAACAACCUUGUAAAUUGUAAUCGAUGAAAAUUAUAGUUAUAAUCUUUUGUUUUCUUC